AAUUUCUAUUUCUAUGCUUGAUUGGGUGUGAAACACUUGUGUGAUGGGUAAUCUAUGGCUUUGUUAUUUUUGAUGUGGAACAGUUAACUAUCCAAUAGUAAACAUAAUAGAAUUCCUAAGGAGAGGUUUUUCUGGGAUGAACUUACAGAACAAUUUGGAAAUCAAAUUAGUAAAGUUUUAUAAUAAAUUGAUUUAUAAUUAUAAUUCGCUUAUCCCUAAAUAAGUAGAUAUAACUAACUUUUUAGAUGGUUUAAAAGCGAAAAACAUGUAUAAUACAAGGAUUUAUGUUUCAAUCUUAUUUUUAUUUUUAGCUGUUCCCAUAUGCACUGGAUACAACUGUUCUAUUCCUCCUAUUUUAAGAGGGGCUUGGUUUUCUUGGGAAUUAGGAAGAAACACCCUAACAGAAUUAGAUGCCACAUCUAUGACAAACAGAGGAACAUGCGUGGAUAUUAAAAGUGAAUUUCAUGUAAAUUACACUUUAGUUUUUCGGAAAGAAUCUUGUUUCACUUGUGUUAAGUUUCUUGUUAGGACAGUAAAUGUUUUGGAAAAAAUUGAAACAUCAUGCAUCAAUCUUCCCGACCAUGAAGCUACAGUUGAAAGAGUCUGUAAAAAUCUUGAUCUUUAUCAACAGUUGAUUACUCUAUUUUCUGAAAAUCCAAUAGCUGUGAAUUGUCGUUCUUCAUUGGAGGGUGUUUGGAAUUUUGCAUACCAAAAUCGUUUCAAAUUUACAGGGGAAUGUUACAAUCCAGAAGCACAUAUAAGAUCAUGUCAAACUCCAGGUUCUCAAUUUUUGAUAACUAAUCAGAAAUUCAAUAUUACUUAUAAAAAAUGUGAAGGUAUGACCGGAACAUUUGAUGGAGUUGUUGAAUAUGGAUGCUUAGGAGAUUGGUUUGUUGGAAAAAAUCACUUCUUCGCUGUUGUAAAUACCAAAGAAUCCCGAAAAGAUGAAAAGUAUAGGUGUUUCCUCAAAAAUAGAGAUGAUGACUUGUACAUUGGUGUCUCCAUUACUGCUGAAUGUAAUACCUUAAAAACUGUUGAAAAAAGUCCCGAAAGGCUACAUAUUAAACCAGUUAAAUCUGAAAUAGUAGAACCUGGAUGUAGACUACCUCAGAAUUUCUCUGGAGAAUGGAUAAACACUGCAAAUAUUGAUGCUGACAUUUUUAUCAAUGAAACUCACAUCAUUGAAACUUGGUAUCCUGAUGAAGGAAGAUACAGAAGAACCAUUUAUGUCUGUAGAGAACAGAGAGAUACAAGAGUUAUGAUGGCACGAUUAACAGUUGAUGGAUGCCAAAAGGAUUUCAUUUGUUUUGAUUUUGUACCCCAACACCACAAUAUAAUCCGUUAUAGAAGAGGAAUAGCAGUGAUUAAAGAUGAUUUCAGUACAGUAUGCUCGUGGGUUCAGUUCCAGAAUAAAGCUAAAUGGAAGUAUGACCUAUAUUUAAAGAAAAAUCCCACACCUAUUAAAUGUCCGGUGGCUGGCAAAUUCAAUUUUACACAAAAAGGAGAUGUGCCCUUUGAAACAAGAAUUUUGGGUGGUGUAACAUUGAGCCCCCGUCCAAAUAUCUAUUGUAAACAGAAUAUAUCCGAUUUUUCUGUUUGUGAUACAGAACAAAAAGAAAUAGCGAUUGACGAAAACUAUUGCUUAUCUGUAGAUCAUUUGGGCAGGCCAGUUGAUAUUUACAGUGAUCCGGAUUACAGAAUGAAAUGUAUUGGCUUUUGGAAGGAAAAUUUGAAAUCAUAUUUAGUUACAUAUGAUGAACUCGAUCCAUUUUCCAAGUAUCGUUGUUGGGUAUAUCAAAGAGCAGAUUUAAAUAGGGUUUUAAUGUCUCAAGCAAUUGGACCUUUUUGCGAUUUAAAUCAAGAUGUUUAUUCAUGGAAUUAUACACAAGGCGCUUCAGUAGCUUUGGAAAUGCAGGAGUAUGAAAGAGAACGUGACCAGUGCCCCAUGUACUUUGACGAUGGUUCAAAUCCUUGGUUACAUACUGACACCGAAAUCCAAGUUUUCAACUUUGGAUAUUUUAGAAGUAACUCAAACUCAUUGAAAAUGAAUUUGCCCGCGCUAUUCUUUUCAGUUUAUUUCUCUCUAGUUACUUUUAUUAUUAUUUUACUAGAGAUUAAAUAUCAUGAAAGUGCCUAAAACUAAUUGUUAGGUAAAUAUGUAUACUUUUGAUACUAAAAAAAUUAUACUUAAUAAGAGUAACAAAGUGACAAACAAAUGACACUUAGAUAAAGUCUAAAUAGAUUUACAUGAUACAAUUAUUGCAGUAAAACUUUUAUCUACACCUACGCUUCUUUCCAUUUGGAUCCAUCUCCACCUCCUUUAUCUUUUUAUGUCAUCAUUCCACCACAUUUGAAGUCUUCCAUGGUUUAUGUUUUGUUCCCAAGGUGUCUGUUGAAGUAUUUGACUAUUCGAUAUGGUGCCGUAUUUUGUGGUCACUCUGCUAUCGAUCUCUUAACUUCUUAACGAUCAUUUGCGCACUUUAACUUUUAUGAGGUUCCAAGUUUUGAAUCAAUAGGGAAGGACUGAUAGGACACAAUCAAUAAAAACGUUUUCAGUGGUAUACUCCAAUAUAAUUAUUUUUAUCCUCUAUAUUUUCUAUUCUACUUAAAAUAAUUAUAACAGGUAUGUGGGAAUAACUGAAAAAGUUUUUAAUUUUUUAUCUUGUUUUGGGAUCAGUAAUAUUUUGGCCAGUAACUUUUAAAUAAAAUAGUUUUGAACGUGUACUUGUAAUAGAUUUUGCAGUUGUUACUAUGAAUCGUCCGUCUCCUUAUGGUUCUCAUAAAUAAGGAAAUUGCAUAAAACAAUAUGGUUGGUAAAAAAAAUUUUUUUUUUCGUUUUUCUUAUACCCUUUCAUUUAUUUCAUGCAAUAUCUCAUUAAGUUUAUGUCCCUAGUAAGUAUUUUCAUUUUAAUUCUUUAAUUUAUAGCUAAUAUAAUAAAGUUAUUUAUUGCUUAUAGAUCUUGCAGUUACCAUAAAUAUUGCCAUACAAUGCACAGAUAAGACGGUGAACAUACUUCUUUUUCCCUUUUUGUAUCGUAUUAUUGUUUCUUUAACUGAUUUUACCAUCUUGUAUAUUAUCCUUUUCCUUCUUGAAUUUUCCUAUGUGCCGUGUUUCUAAAACCACGGUCUAGACUUUAAUGAAGUUUGUGUAAGCAUCGUAAUUUGUUAUCCUUUUUUCAAUACAGGUAUUACAUUUUUUCUUAGUGUUUCGGAAUCUUUUGUCUUUUCCAUGUAUCUUUACAUAUUUCCCACAGUCAUUUACUUCUUUCUUUAGUGUCUGUUUUAUCAUUUAUGAAAUUAUUUCACCCACUGAAGGCUUUUCAAUUUAAUUUUUGUUUGUAACUAACCAAAUGGCUUAUUUUAACAAAUUAAUGAAUAAGGAAUCCAAUUCCACUCUGCUAUGAAAUAAUCCUUUGGCUGCGUGGUAAUAUUGUAAAUCUGCUUAUACUUUGUAAUCAGGCAUAUUGUAAAACUUAAAUAUUACAUGUUGGAACUAAUUUUAUGGAUAAAAAUUAUGGAAAAGUAUAUUAAGUACUUCGCUUGUCCAAGAAUGCCAAUAUCUGUACAAAUAAGUAACAAAAGUGAAAUAUUUGUCACUUGAAAUGUUUGAAUCUAAAAUUUAGAUAUGGUUAUUUAUGAUGUGUGUUGAAAGUGAUGUUUUAUUUUUGUGAGUGAAAAAGUUUAUGAAUUGACUUGAGCGAAUUGAACUAUUCCACAAAUACAAUAAAAUCACUUUUAACACAAAUAUUCUAUAUUUUUUGUAUAACUGCUCUAUUAGGCUAUCUAAGAAAACAGCCGAUCUACGUCAAAGUAGCGGCCGUGGGGUAAGAAUUGAUUGUCUCGUAUAGUGAAAGUUUUUUUGUUUCAUGAUGUUAAGAGGACUCCAUAUUUUUUAGAUAUGUUUUAGUGAAACUAAUACUGCUUGAACUGUUUUUUUUUUCAAAUUAGUAGUACGCUGUAGCAAUUUACAAAAUUUAGCACACUUGUACUAAUUUAGUGCUUGAAUUACAGGAGUUUUUUGACAUUAAUUUCUGCUGUUAUAUUCAAACAUGUGUAGGGUGUAAAGUGAUAACCCAAUGGCAGCUGAAACAUACUAGGACAAACUUUGCUUUAGGUGGAGUUAACCCAUUUUCAUUUGAUGUAAAAAACUUCAUUCAGAAUCCUAUUAAUUUUCAAUUAGUUUCCAAUAUACUUACGAUUCAUAU